AUGAUUCGGUAAGUUAUUUAAUGGUUUUUUAAUAAUCUGAUAAAUAUGUUAAAGUUUUGGGUCAAAAAUUUUAUGUUUUCUUAAAUUAAUUCUAACUUUUUCAGGUACGAGUACGAAGAUGAGGAGGAUCAGCAUGAUCACGUCAUGCCAUCUUACCAGUCGGACUCGCUUUCGCGAGAGCCGUUCGUGGAACAACAAAACAACCGGGAAACCGACUGGAUGACCAGUCUUGGAUUGACCUCGGUAUGUGACAUUAGUCAUGAUUAAAGUGAAUUUUUGAUAGAAAAUAUGGAGAUUUAAGGUGUAAAAGGCUAAAACAAAGUUGUAAUAGGGUUUUGUGAAGGGUUCAAGUUUAAUUUUGGCGAGAAACAGGUGAAUUGAGGUAUAGUUUCAGUUGAUAUUGUACAUGACUAUCUAGGUCAAGUGAAGUUUGGCUGCAACUUGUUCUAAAAUCUUUUAACAAAUUUUUUAAACACAGACGUAAAAAUACGUAAAAACGCUUUAUUAAUUUUAGUUUCUUUAUUUCAGGAUUUUGUCGCUGGAGAAAGCAUUCAACUUGACCAAUACCACUCUGAUACUCUUGGUUUUGGAGACUCGGACUUUUCUGCCUUGGGCGCAUAUGUGGGGGAUUGUGAACCAUCCUAUGCGCAACCUAUGAACAGCACCUUGAAUGAGAUGGAAGAUAACAAGGAUUGGUACAAUAGUCCGUUUGAUGCACGUUCUACAAGCCAGGAGAUGGAAGGGAGCCAGGAUCUGACGAAUUUGGAGCUUGAAUGCCAAAGAUACGAAAUGGACACACAAGAAAUGGAUUCUCAAGACUUUUUGGCCCAUGAAUCAACCAAAUACGAGCCGAACAACUACGAAAUGCAACAGAAUGUUUACGAGGAAAAGGAGAAUAUGCCAAUUGAGAAGCCAAAACGAAAGAUCAAGCAGCCGUCUCAGAGAAGGCCAAUCGAUCAGUUUCAGCCUGUAAGUGGCUACAAAAAGCCAUACUUUUCAUACUGUUGUUUGAUCGGAUUGGCUUUGAAAAAUUCACCUAACGGAAGACUGAAUGUCGCUGACAUCUAUAGAUUCUUAUGGUAAGGUAUAUUUAAAUUAUUGUAACUUUUAGGUCUUUGUGACUCUCAAAACGGGAUUUACUUUGUUAGUUAGAGAAGGUAUUGAACUAAUUUUGCUCAACGUUUCAAGUUAUCAACUGCUUUUUGAAAAAAGUUAUAUUCAAAAGAGUGCGGUUUAUCUAACAUAAUAUCCGAAAAAAUAUUUUUUGGUGGUUUUUCGAUGGUUUUUUCUUAGGUAUUGAUAUUUUUAGGUAAAAUAAGGAUUUUUAAAGAUUAUUUAUUGUUUUUUGAAUUAUAAUUAUAGGUAUUGACAUUAACUUUAAUGUGUUCUAGUCGCUUUGCUUUUGGGUUUGAAUAAGUCGAUUUUUUAGUCGAUUUUUGAGCAUUUUUGUUUGUUAUCAUUAUUUUAUGUAGCAAGAAGGGUUUUAAAAGAUGCUUUAAGUCUUUGUGAUUAAAAUUAUGUAGGUAUUGACAUUAAUUUUGGCCUUUUUCAGUGAACAUUUCCCUUUUUUCCGCGAAGCUCCAACUGGCUGGAAGAACUCGGUGCGCCACAACUUGUCUCUGAACAAAUGUUUUAAAAAGGUUGAGAUUCCACCCAGCCCUCGAGGCGGUCGAAAAUCAUGUCUUUGGGAACUGCAAGACCAGCGCGAGGAGAAGAUGGAGCAGGAGCUAGCCAAGUGGAAGGAGAGAUGCCUCCCGACCAUUGAGUAUGCCAUGGCACGACCGCAGCUUCUGGAUGACAUUAUUGCUGGUAAGGUUGGGAUGCCUCCACCAGACCGUGUCUUUCCUGACCCUGAAUGUGAUCCAAGAACGAUUGUUCAACCUGUCUAUGUUGAUGAACAUGGAAUUGAAUAUCAACAGAAUCCACGUGCUCCUAUCACUGGUAAGAGAUUGAUUGGUAAGAUUUUUGGUUUUAAAAUUGUUUAAAACGGCAAAAACUUUUUAAAAAACAUUAGAAAUCGACCUCCAAAUUUAAAAAAAAACUAAUUUCAAAAAUUUUUAGUGACCCAGUCCGAGCUGCCGUCCACGAUCAACUGUCAGCCUGUAAACCAGAGGCCCUCAGCGACUAUGCAUGGAGACAUUGCUGAUUACGACCCGACUUUUGAUUUGACCGGUCGUAGAUACGAUGACCUCGGCCUAGGAUCUGUAACUCCACCACUAAACAGUCAAGAACAACCAGGCCCAUCCAAUUGGAGACCGAAUUCGGCCGCUUCUAGCCACGGGUUCCCGGUUCAAUAUAUUGAUGAUAACUCGAACCAAGGCUACUACGUGGCUUCUGAAUCCGGCUCUAACCAAGGAUAUCAGAUGACGAACCAAGCUUACCACAUGGAUUACGCUACUGGAGUCACUAUGAAUUUGGCUUCUGGAGUCAAUUCAGAAUUCCGGUCUGAGCCAGAAUCCAAUUCAAAUACGUCACCAAGAAGUGAGCUGCCGGACGUCAAAGACGAAGAAAGUGAAGCCCUAGUGUACACCACCCUCGAACCAGUGAAAAAAAGAAGAAACCCAAGGUGA